AUGAGUGAGAGUAGCUUGCAACGCGCCCUCCGCGGCGGCUGCCAGUGCGGGCGCAACAGUUACAUCAUCGACGUCCCUCAGGCCACCACUGAGAGAGCGCAGGUGCUCUUUCACACCGACUCCAUGCACACCGCCAUGAUCCGCGUGCCGCUCUCGUGGUAUCGCAGCUCGACUCACGCCUUCUUCCCGGACGAAAAGUACUCGACGAUCCGCCGUGUCUUUGAAUCCUCGUCGAAUCACCCGUCCAAGAGGCACUUCUGCGGCUUCUGCGGUACGCCCUUGUCCUACUGGACGGAACGGCCCCAGACCGAAGCCGACUACAUCCAUCUGACGCUGGCAAGCCUCCGAGGCGAGGAUCUAAGAGAUCUGGAAGACCUGGGGCUGAUUCCCGAGUUCGAAGAGGCGGAGAAGCAGCCCGCAGUCCCGACAACGACCACGGUAGUUGGACGGGAGACCCGCGGCGUCCCGUGGUUUGAGAGUAUGAUCGAGGGGACCCGUUUGGGCAGUCUGCGUCACAGCCAAAUCGUUGACCACAGCAAAGACGGGAAGAUCAGGGUCGAGUGGGAGAUUGUGGAGUGGACCGACUCGGACGAUGUCAACGACGUGGCUCCAGCGGCCGAAGAUGUUGACAUGACGGCGAGCCUUCCUGGGAAACGUAAGAUGGGAGAUCGAGAUGAUACGGAUGCGGCUGUGGACGCCGUGCAGUGA